AUGAGAGUUGUCCAUCCGAAAUUAAGGAUUCAUGUCAUAUCUAUAGUGUUUAGUAUAUCCUUAACUUGCAUUUGCACUUAUGUGAUUUAUACAUUCGGAAAACCCGAAGAAGAUACGGACGGUAAUCUAAUUAAAGAUGGUUUAGAAAAGGAUCCAAUCAUUUUACAAUAUUUACUAAGAACUUAUAGAGAAAUAUUAUAUAUGAAGAAGCUAGUACAACAACCAUUAAGGGAUAAACUAUUACCUGAUCCUUUAGGACCACCGUAUUCACAACCCAAGUAUACGUUGGUAUUGGAGUUAACAGACGUUUUAGUUCAUCCAGAGUGGACAUAUCAUACAGGUUUGAGGUUCAAGAAACGACCUUUUUUGGCGUAUUUUCUAGAAACAAUGAAAGAAUCAUACGAGAUAGUAAUUUAUACAGCUGAACAAGGAGUUACUGUUUUUCCCCUAAUUGAAGCCAUAGAUCCGGAAAAUAUCAUAGCUUAUAAGUUGGUAAGAGACGCAACAAAAUUCGUUGGCGGCUAUUACAUCAAACGUCUUGAAAAUAUCAACAGAGAUCUAAGAAAAGUCAUUUGUAUAGAUUGGAACCUCAACUGUGUCAGAUUGAAUUGUGCUAACUUACUAAAAGUCAAAAGAUGGAAUGGAAACGACGACGAUACCGCUUUAGUAGAUUUAGCGUCGUUGUUGAAAGCAAUCGCAGACAACGGUAUAGAAGAUGUGCGAGAAGUUUUGAUAUACUAUAGUAAGUAUGACGACCCCGUUGGAGCGUUUAGAGAAAAAGAGAAGCGACUCAUUGAAGAACUAGAGGCGCACGCAGCUGCGAAUAGGAAUAGACGUCGUGUACCUAGAUUUUGGAUAGCGAGAUUGUUUAGUAAAAGACCCGUUCAAUCCUAA